AUGCCUGCCAGCCGAACCCACCAGAAUGGCGCUGCCCAGUUCAACCAGAAGCUGAAGAACCUCUUCCGCAUCAACCUCAACAGCGGCGCCGACCGUGACAGAGAAAAGUCCUCCGCUGCCCACGUCCACUCCUCACAAGACGCCGCCGCCGCCCGCCCAGAAAUCCGGAGCAAGUUUGGUAGCAGCUUUUUCAAGGGCACCGUCGGCCGAUUGAGGACAAACACCACCGCCAGCGAAGGCAACCCCCUCGACGAGGCCCUCAGCCCGACCGCGCACGCGAAUCCCUACUUUGCACACCAGGGUCAGCCGGGCCUUCGCCAUCACAAUCACGAAUCAGUACCUCCUAGCCCUCCCGAUACCCCAAAUUUCAAGAUCCAAGGUCCUGACGGCGGCCCCGAACAGCAGACGACGAGCGCCGGACGUGAGGAAUUGGCAAGGAAACUUAGGAGAGUCGCCAGUGCCCCCAAUGCCCAGGGCUUGUUCUCCAAAGGCAAGGGCAGCGCCGAGCGUCCCGCCACCGCCGAGUUGAGCAAGGACCCGUUGGUUCUCGACAAGGACUCGGGCACCCUCGAGAUGGUUGAUCCGUCCAAGGCGUCUGCCCCUAGCCUGGGCGUCCCCGACAAGGACGUCCUCGGCAACCUCCCACCCCCGAACCGUACGAGUCUCGCAUUCCGGAGGACCUACAGCUCCAAUUCCAUCAAGGUCCGCGAUGUUGAGGUCGGCCCGCAAAGUUUCGACAAGAUCAAGUUGAUUGGCAAGGGAGACGUCGGCAAGGUCUAUCUUGUCCGCGAGAAGAAGAGCAGUCGUCUCUACGCCAUGAAAGUAUUGAGCAAGAAGGAGAUGAUCAAGCGGAACAAGAUUAAACGCGCCCUUGCCGAGCAAGAAAUUCUAGCUACGAGUAACCACCCCUUCAUUGUUACGCUGUACCACUCAUUCCAAUCGGAGGAUUAUCUGUAUCUGUGCAUGGAAUAUUGUAGUGGUGGAGAGUUCUUCAGGGCGCUGCAGACGCGCCCCGGCAAGUGUAUCCCCGAAGACGAUGCGCGAUUCUACGCCGCCGAGGUCACCGCGGCCUUGGAAUAUCUGCAUUUGAUGGGCUUCAUCUAUCGCGACUUGAAGCCAGAGAACAUCUUACUCCACCAGUCGGGCCACAUCAUGCUUUCGGACUUUGACUUGUCGAAGCAGUCCGAUCUCGGUGGAAAGCCCACAAUGGUCAUUGGCAAGACAGGUACCAGCACCACCUCAUUGCACAUCGACACUCGGUCCUGCAUCGCCAAUUUCCGCACCAACUCGUUCGUCGGAACAGAGGAGUACAUUGCACCAGAGGUCAUUAAGGGUAGCGGCCACACUAGUGCCGUGGACUGGUGGACCCUCGGCAUCUUGAUUUACGAGAUGCUUUACGGAACCACUCCCUUCAAGGGCAAGAACCGAAAUGCGACUUUUGCCAAUAUCUUGAGGGAAGACAUCCCCUUCCCGGACCACGCUGGGGCACCUCAAUUAUCCAACCUUUGCAAAUCCCUGAUUCGUAAACUUUUGAUCAAAGACGAAAACCGGAGAUUAGGUGCCAAGGCCGGUGCUUCGGAUAUCAAGGCUCAUCCGUUCUUCAAGACGACUCAGUGGGCGUUGAUUCGACACAUGAAGCCUCCCAUUGUGCCUGUUACUGGGCGCGGCAUCGAUACUGUCAACUUCCGCAAUGUUAAGGAAAGUGAGAGCAUCGACUUGAGCGGAUCCAACCCGCUGCAAGCAAACCUCAAGGGAGUUCCUCUGGAUAGUGGCAUGACGACCCCCGGUGGUGAAGUCGUUGAUCCUUUCGAAGAGUUCAACAGUGUCACGCUGCACCAUGACGGAGACGACGACCAUCACUCACAACAGAGUGGACAAAAUCACUCGUAG